AUACGCUGAAGGGAAAGUUAACAUAGCAUUUCGUCAACUAUUUCAACAAUCAUUUGUUCACUGUUUCAAUUCCCAUAAAUUGUUUGGACGAUUUCUCAAAUCGUCAUAUUCUUACAAAGCCGAUCUUGUAUCAGCCCUUUUUGUUUCGUUCUGGUUUUCAAUUUCAUGGAGACGUCACUUUUCCAGUUUACCUGCAACGGCAAUUAUAUCCCUCUUUCUGUUCCCCCAAAUUUCAUUCUCCCAGAGGACAAAAGGCCGCACAUAUCUGAAGUUUCCAGUUUGGCCUCGAUUCCCGUCAUCGACUUGAAUGAUCAAAUUCACACCAGUGAAAAUGGUGAUUUCCCCUCUCCGUUAGUAGAGAAAAUAUCGCGAGCUUGUGAAGAUUAUGGCUUCUUUCAAAUUAUCAAUCACGGAGUCCCCCAGGAACUAUGCAGUAGAAUGAUGACCGCCAUUACCCACUUCUUGGAAUUGCCUUUUGAAGAAAGAAAGCAAUUCUUUACCACAGAUCUUACCGAGCGGGUAAAACUUUUUAACUACUACCUCAAGACCCAAGGCGAAGAGAAGGUUAAUAUGUGGAGUCAAUGCUUCUCUCAUCCUUGGCAUCCGUCUGAUCUUUUACCAGAAAAUCCACCUCAGUAUCGAGACGUGUUUGGUGAGUACGCAAAGGAGAUUGGUGGACUAAUGAAUAGGCUUCUGAGCUUAAUAUCUCAAGGGUUGGGGCUACAAAAGGAAUACUUACAAAAGAUGCUUGGCGAGGUGCCUGGUCUUAAAGCACAAGCAAAUUACUAUCCGCCGUGUCCUGAGCCUGAGUUCACCUUGGGACUUGGUGCACGCACAGACUUAGGUGCAGUCACCGUUCUUUGGCAAUCUGAAGGAGUUAGUGGUCUCCAUGUGAUUAAGGAUGGGAAAUGGGUGUCUGUUGAUCCUGUUCCCGAUGCAUUUGUCGUCAAUCUGGGUGAUCAAAUCCAGGUUUUAAGUAAUGGAAGGUAUAAGAGUCUGCAUCACAGAGCUGUUACCAACAAAACGCAAAGAAGAAUGACAUUGGCAAUGUUUUAUGCACCCAACAACGACUCUGUGAUUGGUCCAAUCGAGGAGCUGCUUGAUGAAGCACACCCACCGUUAUAUAGAAACUACCGCUAUGCAGAGUUCAUACAAGAAUUCAAUAAACAAGAAGGAACAAGGAGGACAGUGAAGAAACUUUUUGAGCUACCGAAGUAAUGAAAAAUUACUUAUUACACUAUAGUGACUAUCCACUUUGGUUUCAUUGCCAAGGGAGUUUCCUGGAAGCUAAUAGUGAUUCCGUCAAACUCACUGGAAUUCGAG